CAUGACUGGAGUUUUUGUUGCAGUCGGCGGGUUUUCAGGCAGACAACAUGUGUACUGGAAAGUGCUCCCUUUUCAUUGCGAUCUCUCUGUACCCCCUGGUUCUUCUGUCCAUCCUCUGCAACAUUUUGCUCUUCUUUCCUGACUGGAGCACCAAGUAUGUCAAAGAAGAACACAUUACUAACGAAGUAAAGUACAUGGGAGGAUUCAUCGGUGGUGGUGUCCUGGUACUGAUCCCAGCACUGUACAUUCACUUGACUGGAGAACAAGGCUGCUGUGCAAAUCGCUUCGGGAUGUUCUUUUCCAUCAUAUUUGCCGCAGUGGGUGCAGCUGGUGCCGUAUACAGCUUCGUUGUGGCGUUGCUCGGCCUCUCUAACGGGCCUCUGUGCAGAACCUCAUCUCUCGCAUGGGAACAGCCGUUUAUAGACAAGAACCUGAGAUAUCUGAAAAACCCUAAUUCCUGGAGCGAGUGUCAAGAGCCAAAGAACGUGGUCCAGUUCAACAUGGGUCUGUUCAUCACCCUGAUGGUGGCCAGCGUUCUGCAGGGUCUCCUCUGUGCCAGCCAGGUGAUCAACGGCUUCGUCGGGUGCAUCUGUGGAACCUGCAACGACAAGCAGGAACCCUGAGUUUGUAGGCAUGAAGAGUUCAAAAAGCUGUCGACGUGCAACAUCUGGAUAUAGGCUCCUGGUGGCUUUUUAAAGAAAAUGCUUACUUUAACACUGAUGUUCUCUUCAGCUGUAUUGGCUUGUUAUUUCCACAAUAUAUUACAAAUUCUUGAUUCUGCUUGCAGUGUAUUAAUCUGAGGAGAUAAGUGUUGGAAACACCAUGCACAUAAAUUGAAUAAUGAAAUAAAAUGUUUUAACAGGUAGCACA